AUGCAAUGUCAAAUGUGCAAAAAAGUGUUGUCGAAAAACGGAUCUCAUUUCGUGUGUCAAGGUCCAUGCCAGGGAAAAUUCCAUAGGACCUGUGUAAAAGGACUAUUGGCUGACAUGAAGGCGGGCAAGAACCGUUUAUUUUGCAACAACUGCGAGGGAUGUUCUACUGUUGAUGAUUCUGAAGGAGAUGAACAGGAAACAGAGGGACAUGGUAUUGAAAAGAUCCUUAAAGACAUUCGAAAUAAAGUCAGUGCAAUUCCAAGCCUCCAAAAGCAAUUGAAUUCUAUAACGGACAGCAUGAGUGUACUGUCGGAAAAGUAUGACACUUUAAUGGCGGAACAUGAAGAAUCGAAGAAAAAAAUUCGUGAUCUGGAAAAGUCCAUAGUGAAUACCAAUAAUAAAUGUGUGUACCUGGAGAAAUGUAACAUGGCUCUUGAGCAAAAAGUGCACGAGUUUCGACCAAGCUUCCCG